AUGGUUUGUCAUUACAGUCCUAACGGGGGCGAAGAUUUCUUUUGCUUGUGGGAUUUCGACCACAUGUCAAACAUCACGGUGUUUACGUCUGCCGAAGAUGGUUCAUAUGCAUUCUUAACAGAUUCACAACAGGUUUGGUGGGGACACACAGACUCGGCUGUGGUUCAUUAUCUGGAGACUGCAAAUGAAUGGAAUAUUGGUGUUAUUACCGUUCAAGAAUCAUCGUCGUGUGUUGGAGAUUUCAAUAUCAUUUCCUUAUUUCACGAUUCUGCUGGAUUACUUUGGAAAGUUAUUCAGUGUAAGAACCAAUCCUCCAACACUCCUUGUGUUUUCCGUAGCAAAGUGGCGGUCCAAGACAUCCUGUCACACUCCCAACUCAUCCACGAACAAACCUCCCAAGAUGACGAUAUCGUGAACACACCAUCAAUACUGGACUACCAAACAACCUCAACAAUCCCAAAACAUUGUUUACAAUACUCAAUCGUUUAUCGGGCACCUCACACAAGCCAUCACCUUCAGCUCAUUGUUGAUGUAGUCGACGUGCCCUAUAUGGUAAACACUGUACCGGUCUCCGUGGAUUUUCUGAGGGAAUACUUGGACAAUCAACGAGCUUCACUGAGACAUCCAAAAACCAUGGACAUAUCCAGCAUGGAAGAUGCACUACCUAAGUACAUUUACCUCAAGAAAGGAGAGUCCUAUAACUUCACCGUGACGAUGACUUUAGACAGCGGCCAUCCUAACCGUAAGUACCUGUUGUUGAGUAUACCGGUCGAUUGA